AUAGACAAUGGCAAGGCAUGGAUAACAAAAAGCUCUUUCCUUUCUCCAUAUAUUUUUGGGAUUUCAUUUCAUCAUUAUUUAGCGGAACCCCGUUCGAGUUUGGGAAGCGCAGGUCUAUGACUGUGAGACUCCGUUUUAUCUCUGUUUUGGUACUCCGGACAUGCUCACGUGGCAGUCAUGUCAGUCUGCCCCACCUCCCACGGCCUAUGGUUAUGGCUUCAUUCCACAUCUCUCUGCCCCAUCCCCUUCUCUCUCUCUCUCUCUAAACCAAUAAUUCCGGCUACUUCUUGUCACUCUCCGGCCACCACCACCCCCCAACUUUUCCCCUUUAUAUAUACCCCACCCCCUUUUCUCUCUCUUCUCUUCUCUAUAAUCAAUCUUUGAGACGCCUCGUGUGUUUGGUGUGAGAUUUCAGAGGCUUCCUCUUCCUCUUUCUUGUUUUUGUUCUUCCUUUUUCAUGGUUUUGAGGGUUAUAGGGUGUUUCAGAAGGAGAAAAGAGACGUUUUCUUGGUUCUUGGUGGUGGGAUUUCCUUUGAAUUUGAGGAUUUUUUUUUUUUGAGGUGGGGUUUUGGUUUUUUUUGUUUGGAGAAAGAUGAACAGAGCAUUGCCGGAGAUGUUGCACUGUUUGAACACUGCCGGGAACUGUUCUGAUACUCUCAGUGUUCUUGAGAGGCAGAGAGCUCGUUUGAAAUGGCAGCAAGAUCAGCUUUUGCAGCAGCAGCAGCAGCCAUUAAAUCAGAGCUGUUUCAAUAGGGUGGAUUACGGCGGCGGAUUUCCGUCGCCGGUGUCUGUUCCGGCGGAUUACCUAACGGGGUUUCCGGGGUUCAUGAGUGGCAGCGGCGGCAGUGGAGGUGCUGGGUUGUCACUUGUUGAGAUGGUAAUGGGGGCAGUGAAGCCUGACCCUGGGUUGGAAGAUGGGUGGUCUGGAAUGAGCAAGUUUGAUCCUUCUUUGUUGCUGAAUGGCACUGCUUAUGAAAUAAAUUCUUCUCUCUCUAGAACAUCCAGCUGCCCGCCGGCUGUGGCUCCUACGGUGGUGGAGAAGAUGGGGUCGGUGGCUGGAAGAGAGACCUUCAAGAAAAGGAAAGCUGAGAAAGUUCACAACACAACCAACAACAAUAAUAGCAGCAAGGUGACUGUAGAAGAAGAUAACAACAGUAGUAAGGAGAAGAGGAUCAAAGCAAGUUCAGAAGAAGGAGAAUUAUCUAAAACCACAGAUCAAAACAGCACCAAAAACAACUCGACCACAACCACAACAAACAACAACAGAGAAACUUCAGCUGAUACCUCAAAAGAAAACUCCAAAGCUUCAGAGGUUCAAAAGCCUGAUUACAUUCAUGUCAGAGCUCGCCGUGGCCAAGCUACUGAUAGCCAUAGCUUAGCUGAAAGAGCUAGAAGGGAAAAAAUCAGUGAGAGAAUGAAGUACUUGCAAGAUUUAGUACCAGGAUGCAAUAAAAUCACUGGAAAAGCUGGAAUGCUGGAUGAGAUCAUAAACUAUGUUCAAUCUCUUCAAAGACAAGUUGAGUUCUUGUCCAUGAAGUUAGCUGCUGUAAAUCCAAGGUUAGACUUCAAUGUCGAUGAUCUCUUCAACAAAGAGGUUUUCCCACCAUCUUGCACCACCGCAAAUUUCCCGGCGAUCGGCGGAAUGUCAUCGGAGAUGACAGAUCCUUCUUCCUUCUUACAAUUCAAUCCAAAUAAUCAACCAAUGGUCUCAUGUUGUGGAUUAGAAAUGGGAAUCAAUACCUCCGAUGUCGCUCUUCGAAGAACAAUCAGCGCCCCUGUUUCUUUCCCGGAAAAUUUCCUCGAUUCAUCUUGCCUCACCCAAUUUCAACCCUCUUCAGGGUGGGAUGUGGAUUUGCAGAAUCUAUACAAUGUGGGUUUUGAUCAAGGAAGAUCAUCAAACGCCUUUUCAUCUCAACCAUAUACAGGUUCAAUUGAAGGAGGCAAUAUAAAGAUGGAAAUGUGAAGUAGGUAGCUAGAGCCUAGAUCCAUCCAUCUUCACCCUUUCAUGAGAUUCAAUCAAAAAUAUUAGUCUCUUAUUUGCUUCAAUUCCAUAUCUAUAUAUUCUUUUUUCUUUUCCCAAAGUAUAUAACUAGCUCAUAUAAAUAUAUAUAAUAUAUAUAUUUUGUAUGUAUACAUCCGGCUCAAUUUGAAUAAGAGUAGCAUAAAUUAACCACAA